AUGUCAACACAUAAUGAUGUUAAUGACUACAUGUCAAAUGUACAAGGCAUGAUGAAUCAAGGAGGUGGUGGAGGUAUGGGACCAACGAUAUUGGAUAAAGAAUCGAUGCACCACAUCUAUCAAUUGGUCAAGGAUCUGACUAUACCUGAAAAGAGAGAGAAUGCUUUAGUCGAUCUCUCAAAGAAACGUGAAAGCGUUCCUGAUCUCGCACCCAUACUAUUGAAUUCAUUUGGGACGAUUGCAGCCCUACUUCAAGAGAUUGUAUCUAUAUAUCCACUGCUAUCACCACCAAAAUUAAAAGCAUUACCUUCGAAUAGAGUUUGUAAUGCACUUGCAUUAUUACAAUGUGUAGCAUCUCAUCCAGAUACUAGAACAUUUUUCCUUCAUUCUCAUAUACCAUUGUUUCUAUAUCCAUUUUUAAACACUUCAAGUAAAAAUAGACCAUUUGAAUACCUAAGAUUAACAAGUCUUGGUGUUAUUGGUGCUCUUGUAAAAAUUGAUGAUAGUACAGUGAUUGACUUUUUAUUGUCAACAGAGAUUAUGACAUUGUGUGUACGUAUUAUGGAGACUGGAUCAGAGUUGUCUAAAACCGUGGCCACUGUCAUUGUACAAAAGAUAUUAUUAGACGACAUGGGAUUGUCGUAUAUAUGCGCAAAGAAUGAAAGAAUCCUAGCAUUUUUACUUGUAUUAUCAAACAUGCUUGCUUCAUUGAUCGAACAGCCAUCACCAAGAUUAUUAAAACAUGUCAUCAGAUGUUAUUUACGUCUAUGUGACAAUCCAAAAUCAAGAGAAUUCCUAAGACAAAAUUUACCAAUAGCAUUACAAGAUGAACACCCAAACGGCCUCAUCACUGCAGGCACCUAUAACACAGCAUCACCCACCAUUGUCAUCAACCAUCCAACUUCAAUCAACAGUCCUGCUCUAACUGGUGGAUUGGUCAAUAAUAUUCAUCAAUCAUUAUCACGUGGAGCUCAUGGAAAUAUUCAUUAA